AUGAAGCUGCAGGCCAAACGAAGCUGUAACUUUGAGGUAACGGAGGGUGGCCGUGGUGUCAGCAGUGAUCGCGGUGACGAUCGUGGUGAAGGCAGAGACUAUGUGGAUAUUCGUGGCUUUGGCAGGAACCGUUUCAGUGGUCGCAGGACUGACUGGAAUCGUAUCGACAACGAGGGUGCUGGCAAGAAAAGCGAUGAUGCUGGUGAAGGACAGAGUGCCGAUGCUCGUGGUGUCGGUCAAGCUAAGAAGGGAAAGGGCUCUGAUGUUGUGCUUCUGGAAACCAAAUUUGGAAUUGAGAAAGGUGCAGGACAUGGCUUGGAGGCACCUUCUAAUCUCAGAGAAAACAUUGAGCAAGGUAAUAAGAAUAGAAAGAAGAAAAUGGUGAUCUGUUGUGAGAUAUGUGAGGAGGAGCAUUUUUUUCCAGCAUGCCCAUUGCUACAUGGGCCAAAACCUGCAGCUACUUUUUGUGGUUUCGCUGGAGACGGCUUGGGUUUCUUUCAAAUUCCGUAUAAAGGUGCUGCUAAGAAACCUACUAGAGAGUCGGCUACGACUUUGAUUCGUAUCACGGAAGGGGUUGUAUCUGCUGAGCUGCUGAAGGCAGAGUUGGAGAGGCUGAUACCGGUCAAGUGGCAAUGGCAGAUUCAGGAGCAAGGCAAAAAUAUGUUUGUGGUCCCUUUUCCAUGCAAAGUGGAGCUACAACGGAUGAUUGCAAUCAAGAAAAUUAGGACCGAUAAAGACGAAGGCGUAAUGGCUUUUGAGGAAUGGGAUCAAAAGAUUGAACCUGUGGAAUAUCUUCAGAAGGUUUGGGUCAACGUGUAUGGGGUUCCUUUUCAAAUUAGAUCUUUCCUAUCUUUGUGGGCAGUUGGCACCAUUCUUGGGGCCACCCAAAAGGUUGAUAUGGUGUCCACUAGAAACACUGGAGUGGUGCGUAUUUUGGUUGCGGUAACGGAUGCUAGUCUUAUUCCAGAUGCUACAGAUAUUGUGGUUGAUGAUGGUAUCUACGAGAUUUUUUUCAAGGUUGAAUCGAUUGUCGAUGGAGGUGGUAGGGUUGUGGAUCAUGCUUCUGAUCAUGGAGAUGAGAACAUGGAAGAUCCGAAUAACAAUGAUAGCUUCAAGGAUUCAGAUAGAGAUUCUAAACGCCCAAAAAUCACAGAAAAGGGGAUUUCUUCUGCGUCUCAGGAUACUUCCCACAAGGUGAAUGAUAUGCAGGAGGAUGACCAAUAUCUGCAGUCGGUGGAUAGUUCAGGAAAAAGCGUUGAUGCAAGUAUGGCGAUGAUGAAUAUACCGAUUGUGGAAGAUGAUGAACCGAGGGAUGCUGUUGUGGAUCGUUUGGUGCACACCACUCUUGACAUCUUGGGUCAGGGAAGUUUGUCUCAUGAAGUGCAGGCUGAGGGCACGACCUUGGGUUGUGCUGAUGUGGUUCAUUCUCUUUCUUGGCCUCUGAGCUCGGCUGAUAUAAGUGCUGAAAUAUGUGAAGCUUUGGGUGUGGGACGAGUUAGCAGCCUGCCUCCUCCUGCGACAGUUAGGUCUGCUAGUGUUAGCGUCUUCAGGCGGGCUGAAACUUUGCAGCUGGUCGUCGGUGCUCCUGAGGAUCUGGCUUUUUUACCUCUGGGUGGUUCUGAACUGGGUGCUAAAGGUCUCACAGCUCGGGUCAGGUGCUGCGCUGGGAGCUUGGCUGACGCUGUCCUCAGUCUGAUUGCAUCUUCAGCAUGUGGUGGCGCUGACCGGUCUGCUAUUGUGCUUCCUGUCCCGGCGAUCGGAGUCAUGUGCAGCGGGCGGGAUGUCUCUCUCCCGUCAAUAAUGCAUUUGAAUUGCUCGAUGGCAGAUGGGAGAGCUGGAGCUAUCACUGAGGGCAUUGCCGGACAGCUACCGGUGGUGCCUGCAAUGCAUAGUGCGAGGCAAUCUUAUGCAGUAGCUCCUCUCAUGGCUGUGGCCCAACAAUGUGUUACUUCUCAGCUAGCAGAAUAUUUGUGCAAUAAAAAGGUGCAGGCUGAAACAAUGGUUGAAGAGCCGGCAAAAAUAAAACUGCUCGGUAAUGACUUCCAUUCUUUACCUCGAAACAGAUUACAGGCUCUAUGCAAAUCGAAUGGCAUUAAGGCGAAUAUGACCAAUCAUGCUAUGGCCGAAGCUCUUCAGGCCUUUCAUUCUAAGGGUCUGAAAUUGCAUAUUAUUGAGCCAUCAGAAGAUAAGUUUAUCACUGUCCCCGCUGGGAGUACCGGUGGACAGCGAUCUAGCAGGCGUGCUGCAGUUCAAGGUGACGAGGAUGCGUUGUCUAAAGCAAAGCGCCUUGCAGCUCGGAGGAAUCUUGAUGAAGGGAUUUUCUGGAAUAGCAGAGGUCUGGGAGACUUGGCUAAACAUAAUUUCAUCUCCAACACGGCAAAAGAACAACAAUUAGAUUUUAUUGCAAUCAUGGAAUCGGGCAGAAGUACUUUUCCUUCUUCAACUCUUAGACACCUAUGUGGUGGUCUUGAGUACUUAUGGCAUAGCAUGGCACCAAGGGUGUAUGGACCGGCCCAAGACGAAUCAAAGUCUGAAUUCCUGACGGAGCUAGCUCAUGUGUGUAGCAUUGAAACCAACCCAAUAUUGAUCGGGGGGGAUUUCAACAUUAUGAGACGCCCAGCGGACAAGAAUAAUGACAACUUUGACCCACGGUGGCCUCGUUUGUUCAAUGCGGUCAUAGAUGCAUUGGACCUUCGAGAGAUUGAGCUUCAAGGUCGCCAGUAUACAUGGGCAAACGACCGAGACCCGCCGACUUUUGAGAAACUUGAUAGAGUCCUUAUGAGCACUGAAUGGGAAGCUAAAUACCCGAGCGUCACGGUGCAGGCCCUAAAUAGGGGAAGAUCAGAUCAUACCCCUUUGCUUCUUAAUACGGGAGCGUUGGAUAAAAAAGCCGAGACGACCCCUUUAACGUCUCAUGAAGUGGCCAUGAAGCAUUUCCUAAAUGAGAGGAUUGCGCAUUUGUUACGAGAAGAAGAGCUCAAAUGGUAUCAACGUGCUAAAGUCAAAGAUCUUCUUGAGGGAGAUAGUAAUACAAAAUACUUCCAGCUGGUGGCUAGUGGAAAACACCGUAAACAAAGAAUAUACAAAUUAGAGCAAGUGGAAGGCACCGUGAUUGGGGAGGCUAACCUUAAGCGGUAUAUCACAAAAUAUUACAAAGGUCUGUUUGGAAAGCCCGAAAAUAAUAAUUUCUCAAUGGAUGAGAAUAUUCUGACUGAUAUUCUACAGGUCAGCGAAUGUGAAAACGAGAUUCUAACCGCACCUUUUGAUGAAAAGGAGGUGUGGCAUGCCAUUUCUCGUAUGGAGCAUAAUAAAGCUCCCGGUCCAGACGGUUUUCCAGCUGAAUUUUACCAAGUUUUCUGGGAAUUGAUUAAAAGGGAUCUCAUGGAUCUUUUCGUGGAUUUCCACCAAGGUAGACUACCUAUUUUUAGUCUCAACUUUGGUGUUAUCACACUCAUUCCUAAAAAGUGCGAUGCACUCAAAAUUCAGGAGUAUCGCCCUAUUUGCUUACUCAAUGCCAGCUUCAAAAUUUUUACCAAGGUGGCAACCAACAGAAUAGGGGCUGUUGCUGAAAAUGUGGUAUCUCCAACCCAAACAGCUUUCAUGCCUGGUCGAAAUAUAAUGGAUGGAGUUAUUAUUCUCCAUGAGACUAUACACGAGCUGCAUAGAAAAAACCUAAAUGGGGUAAUCUUGAAAAUUGAUUUUGAGAAAGCCUAUGACAAGGUCAAAUGGUCCUUCUUGCAACAAGCCUUGAGAAUGAAAGGAUUCUUGCCACAAUGGUGUCAGUGGAUUCAAGGUUUUGUAUCUGGAGGCCAUGUUGGCAUAAAAGUCAAUGAUGAGAUAGGGCCUUAUUUCCAGACACAAAAAGGUCUCAGACAAGGGGAUCCCCUCUCGCCCAUUUUGUUCAAUAUUGUGGCAGACAUGCUUGCAAUUUUGGUUUCAAGGGCUAAGAAGGAUGGACAGAUCUCGGGAGUUGUUCCACAUUUGGUAGAGGAUGGCUUGUCUAUUCUGCAAUAUGCAGAUGAUACUAUAAUCUUCCUAGACCAUAAUCUGGAGCAGGCAACGAAUUUGAAACUGCUUCUUUGUGUGUAUGAACAACUAUCCGGACUCAAAAUUAACUUCCACAAAAGUGAACUUUUCUGUUACGGUAAUGCUAAGGAAUAUGAAGACCAAUAUGCACAACUAUUUGGGUGUGAUGUUGGUUCUACGCCAUUCAAAUAUCUAGGAAUACCUAUGAUCCAUCGGAAAUUACGAAACAGUGAUUGGAAAAGGGUGGAAGAGCGUUUUGAGAAAAGGCUGAGCAGCUGGAAAGGAAAGCUCAUGUCUGCAGGGGGCAUAUUGGUGCUCAUCAACUCUGUAUUAAGCAGCCUCCCAGUGUUCAUGAUGUCUUUCUUCGAAAUUCCCCGAGGUGUUGUAAAGAGACUCGAUUAUAUAAGGUCGAGGUUCUUCUGGCAAGGAGAUAAUCAUAAAAAGAAAUAUAGACUUUCUAGAUGGGAUAUUCUCUGUCAACCCCGUGAUCAAGGAGGAUUGGGCAUUACCAAUCUAAGAUUAAAAAAUAUUUGCCUCCUUAGUAAGUGGUUAUUUAAAUUACUAAAUGAGGAUGGGGUCUGGCAACGUCUACUAAGGAAUAAGUACCUUGGUACAAAAGCACUCACCCAAGUCGAAGGAAAGCCAGGGGAUUCGUAUUUUUGGUCUGGGUUAAUGAAAAUUAAGGAGGAUUUUCUUAAAUUGGGUUCUUUCCACAUACACGAUGGAACUCAAACUAGAUUCUGGAUAGACACGUGGUUAGUAUUCAGGGGCACCUAUUGGCUCAGAUUUUGGAGAUUGCUACAAAAGGAGGAAACAAGGGAAGAUAUCAAACUGGUGUGCCAAAAUUUGGAGGUGGUGGCUAUGGAGCUUUUCGCCAAGAAGGGCUGGCGGUUUAAUCAUAGAUUAUGUGCCGGAUAA